AUGGAUCCUCCACNUAUAGUUACACAUCUGAAACGGAAUUCUUCUGUUGUAGGAUGGGAAUAUGGAGUGUUGUUUGAUCCAAAAAAUCCAGAUAAGGUGAAAUGCAAAUUGUGUGGGAAAGAAAUGUCUGGUGGGGUUUUUAGAAUUAAGGAACACAUUGCUCACCAAAAAAAGAACGUUUCUUCUUGUCUAUUUUCAACAAAACAGGAUCAAGAUAGGUGUAAGAAUGCACUUAAGGAGGCAAAGAACAAGAAAACGAUGAAGAGAAAACAUGAGGAAGCUAUUAGACCAGAGGUUAAUAUAGAGGUUAACAUAGAUAGAUCGCUUCUGGAUGAUGAAUUGCAAGGAGAGAAUCAAACUCUUAGGUCUCCUCACUUCCAAGGUCCUAUGGAUAAGUUUGCAAGCUGCAUUAAACAUGAAGCUUCUUUGGCUACACAAAAACGGCAACAGAAUAUCCAUGAUGCAAUUUCGAAACAGAAGACACAUGCUGUUCAUCAAUAUUGUGCUAACUGGAUGUACCAGUCAAAUAUUCCCUUCAAUGCAAUUGAUAAUGAACCUUUUAGGUUAUUUUGUGAAGCAUUAGGACAAUUUGGACCUGGUUGGGUUCCUCUUAGUCAAUAUCAGUUGAGAGAACCCUUGUUAAAUGAAGCAAAAGAGAAGACAAAAGAAAAGUUGAAAAGUCUAGAAGCAGAAUGGGAAGAACAAGGCUGCUCCGUGAUGACAAAUGCAUGGACUGACAUGAAAAAAAGAAGCAUAAUGAAUCUGUGUGUCAAUUCUAGAGGAGAUAACUGCAUUGAAGUUAUUUGGGCUGGAAAAGUUGUACAAGUAGUGACUGAUAAUGCUACAAACAACGUAGCAGCUGCAAAGCUACUUAAAAAGAAGAGACCGAAUAUUUUCUGGACAGGUUGUGCUGCUCACACCCUCGACUUAAUGCUUGAGGGAGUUUCCAAGUUACAUUGGUUUGCUAAAAUUAUUGAAGAGAAAAUGAAAGAUAGGCUCGAUUCUCCUUUGCUCCUUGCUGCUUACUUGCUAAACCCUUUCUACUUAUACAAAGACUCCACUAUCCUAUAUGAUUUGGAGAUCUCAGAAGGAUUUCUCAAUUGUGUUGAAACUUUUUAUCAUGGCGACACCGCAAAGCAAAAUAAAGUCGUCAAUGAUGAGAUUCAUCUCUACAGGAGCAGAUAUGGCCCUUUUGGAAGAAGCUUAGCAUUACAAGGAUGUGAACACAAUGAUGAAAAGUUUGAUCCAGAUGAUGGUAAUGAAGACACCGUUGAGGAAUGGAUUGUAGAGCAACAUCAAGAAGAACAGACUAGUGAUGUUAGUAUUGCAUCAGCCACAGUAAGAAGAGAGUUGUAUGAUGAUGAUUUUCAAUCAGAAGAAGAAGAUGAAGUUGUUGUCAACAUGGAAUUUGAACCUGAUGUGUUCCAUGACACAGCGUUGAUAUCCAAUAAGUACUAA